UUAUUGGUUUCCUCUUUGGUUUGUAAAGCCUGUUUUGGGACCUGCGGCCUGGAGAUUUCUAAGAGAUUUGGGAGGGAUGAAAUCUCCACUCCUGGGCCCAUGUUUUGAGAGCAGCCAGCGUGCUGAUUGCACAGGUGUGUGCAGGCCUUUUUGUGGAGGCCAGGCCAUGAUUCUGGGCUCCACCCCGGCAGACAGGAGUCAGGAGGGCUCCACCCUGGCAGACAGGAGGUAUCUGCCUUGGAGUCAGGUGGGCUUCACCAAGGAGAGUGGCCAGCUGUGUGCGAGGGCCAUCAUUUGGGAAGAGUCUGCAGGAGACAGACAUUGAACUGCAUACAAGCCAGGAGGCUGAAUCUUUGUUGGUACUGCUUGAUGGUGGAUACCCCUGCGUGGGAAGCAUUUUUGUUGAACUUUUUCUUUUAAAUAAAAUUGGGCCAAAAGGCCCUUAAAGAAGCGAGUUGCUGUGUGCUUAAACAAGAAAAGCUCUACCAUUUUGAAGCGAGUUCCCACAUA